AUGUCACGUAGUUCGCACAAACCUUUGCGUUGUGUGGGUGUUAGAUUUUCAAAAGCGCGUUUGUGUGAGUACCGGGAGAGAAUUGAGAAAACCGAAGUAGCAAAUAAGCGAAACUUCUCUAUCUCGGUCAGUGAUAAAGGAGGAGAAUUUGUAGUGAUUUCAAGUGAACUGGACAGGGCUAUAACGAAACUUCACCUUACGGACGAUAGUCUAUACCAUCCUUCAUCGGCACAUGAAUUUGGCAGACAAUAUCGCCGCCUGAAUAGGAUAUGGAUAGAGACCGCAAAAUCAGUAGGCUUACCAAAAACAACUAUCACGCGUCUAAAAUGUGAUCGGCCCACCUGCCCGGUCCUUUAUGUCCUCAUCAAGACCCACAAGCUUUCCGCUGCCGAAUUUAGUUCAAACAACCCAGGAGAUUUCAAGGUUAGACCUAUCAUUAGCAAUAUUGGAGGUCCCACCGACAGAAUAUCCUGGUUCCUUAACACUAUUCUCAGCCAGCUACUCCAAUACGUUCCAGCUCAUCUCUCAAACACAAAAAUGUUCAUAGAGCACCUCCGCAAAGCGCGCCUUGAUGGAGAUUGUGUCAUCGAAUCUUUCGAUGUCACUUCGCUCUACACCAACGUCUCCAUCGAUGCUGCACUACAAGCAACAUCAGCUGCUUCUCGAACACCAGGGGACUCUUAA